UGUAGCAUAGCUAUAUGUGCCAUGAAUGAAAAAUGCUUUGAGUUAGUACUGAAACUAUCUCCUCUAUCUUCUUAAGAGUGUUGGUGAGUUUGAGAGAAAAAUAUCAGUGUCAUUUAUGUGAAUGAGCGAUCUUGGUUCAAUUAAUUGAGAGUUCGAACUUUUACAAAAACUAUCAUCAAAGCGGCCAUUUCUUCAUUCAUUCAUUCAUUGCAACAUCCAAUGCAUACCAUGAAUAUGAUGAUGGGAGCUGCAACGUUUCGAUAUCCUGCUCUUGCUCCUCCUCUUGUUCCAAGUGAGAGAGUAUCCACAGCCAAGUGGAAGGUGCAGGUGGCAUCUUCCUCUCCUCCUUCAUCCACGGCCACGGCAGAAGCUGAUGUUGUGGUGGUUGGCAGUGGGAUAGGCGGACUGUGUUGUGCAGGACUUCUGGCAAGAUACGAGCAGGAUGUGCUUGUUGUCGAAAGCCAUGACCGCCCCGGCGGGGCUGCCCAUUCUUUUGAUAUCAAAGGCUACAAGUUUGAUUCUGGUCCAUCUGUAUUCUCUGGCUUGCAAUCAAAGGGUUCUCAGCCUAAUCCUCUUGCCCAGGUUCUAGAUGCAUUGGGCGAGUCUAUCCCAUGUGCCACUUAUGAUUCAUGGGAUGUCUACAUCCCUGAAGGUGACUUCAGGUUUCGAGUAGGGCCUACGGAAUUUUUGAAGGACCUUGAGAAGUAUGCAGGACCAAAUGCUGUUCAAGAAUGGAAGAAACUUAUGGAUACCAUACUUCCACUUUCAACAGCAGCAAUGGCGCUUCCUGCUCUAUCUAUUCGAGGAGAUUUUGGCGUUCUUUCGACAGCAGCAGUUAGAUAUGCUCCUUCUCUCAUAAAAUCCUUUGUUCAAAUGGGGGGACCUUUUGGGGCCAAAAGACUUUCCAGACCAUUCUCGGAAAUACUUGAUGGAUUGCACAUAAAAGACCCUUUCAUACGGAAUUGGAUUGACCUAUGGUCAUUCAUAUUUUCAGGGUUGAAAACUAAUGGUGUAAUCUCACAAGAGAUGGUGUAUAUGCUUGCAGAAUGGUACAAACCAGGAAGCUGUCUAGAAUUCCCCAAUCAUGGAAGUGCUGCUAUUGUUGAUGCUCUUGUAAGAGGACUCGAGAAAUUUGGUGGACGGAUUUCUCUUCGGAGUCAUGUGGAAAAAAUUGUUGUUGAAAACGGCAGAGCCAUUGGAGUCAAGCUGAGAAGUGGUCAAUUCAUACGAGCUAAAAAGGCUGUUGUGAGCAAUGCAUCAAUGUGGGACACUUUGCGUUUGCUGCCUAAAGACGUUAUUCCAAAGUCUUACUCGGAUAAGAUUAAAACCACCCCUCAAUGUGAAUCGUUCAUGCAUCUCCAUUUGGGAAUUGAUGCUGAGGGUAUCCGCGACGAUCUGGGGAUUCAUCACGUAGUUGUAAAUGACUGGGAAAGAGGUGUUGAUGCUGAACAGAAUGUAGUGCUGGUAUCAGUACCCAGUGUACUUAGUCCUGAUAUGGCACCACCUGGGAAACAUGUGUUACAUGCUUAUAUACCAGGAACUGAACCAUUCGAGUUAUGGGAAGGACUUGAACGUACAAGUCCCGAAUACAGAAAGCUCAAAGCUGAGAGAUCAGAGGUUAUCUGGAAAGCUGUGGAGCGAGUGCUUGGCGAAGGCUUCAGGAGGGAGAAAUGUGAAGUGAAGUUAGUUGGAAGUCCACUGACACAUAGAAGGUUUCUUAGAAGGCACAGAGGAACAUUUGGGCCAGCACUGGAAGCUGGCAAAGAAAGCUUUCCUGGCUCUUCAACUCCCAUCCCACAGCUCUUCUGUUGUGGAGACUCCACCUUUCCUGGAAUUGGGAUCCCUGCCGUUGCUGCCAGUGGUGCAAUUGCAGCAAAUUCGUUAGUUUCAGUGUCUCAACAUUCCCAGUUGCUUGAUGCAAUUGGUAUAUGAAAACCGCACAACAUGAGAGUUUUUGUGUCUUCCUUCUCAAUUGAGAUAUUUUAUUGUUUAAUUAUUGUGUGUAUCUAUUAGAAAUUUUAACUACAGGGAAUAAAAUCUCAGCUCCUUUUACCAAAGACCAAAUGCCUAAACAUCUGCAUUCUUUCAA